AUGUGUGGUAUCAUCGCUCUGAUCCUGGCGAACCCCUCCGCCGCCGCCGCAGUGGACCUCCAUGAGGCCCUGUACCUCCUGCAACACCGUGGUCAGGAUGCUGCUGGUAUCGCUACCUGUGCCCACGGAGGCCGUAUUUACCAGCUCAAGGCCAACGGCAUGGCCGCCAAGGUUUUCCAGGACGGUGCUAAGGUUGCCAACCUCCCCGGUUCAAUGGGUAUCGGUCACCUCCGCUACCCCACCGCCGGUAGCAGUGCAAAUGCUGAGGCUCAGCCUUUCUAUGUGAACAGCCCGUACGGCAUUACCUUUGCCCACAAUGGUAACCUGAUCAAUGCUCCGGAGCUCAAGAAGUACCUGGAUCUGGAGGCGCACCGUCAUAUCAACACCGACAGUGACAGCGAGCUUAUGCUGAAUAUCUUUGCCGAUGAGCUGAGCGAGACUAAGAAGGCUCGUGUCAACAAGGAGGAUCUUUUUGCUAGUUUGAGCCGCAUGUAUGAGCGUUGCCAGGGCGGUUGGGCCUGCACUGCCAUGUUGGCUGGAUUUGGUGUCCUCGGUUUCCGUGACUCAUACGGUAUCCGGCCUCUGGUCCUAGGCUCCCGUCCCUCCCUGGAUGGACCAGGCACCGACUACAUGAUGGCCUCUGAGUCCGUGGCUCUGGACCAGCUCGGCUUCACCAACCACCGUGACAUCCAGCCCGGUGAAGCAGUCAUCAUCGAGAAGGGCGGCGAACCGGUCUUCCGUCAGGUGGCUCCCAAGAGAGACUACGCCCCCGAUAUUUUCGAAUAUGUCUACUUCGCCCGGCCGGACUCCGUCAUCGACGGCAUCAGCGUCUACCGCAGCCGUCAACGCAUGGGCGACCGUCUCGGCGCCCGCAUUCUGGACGUGCUCGGCCCCGACGUCGUCAAGGACAUUGACGUCGUGAUUCCCAUUCCCGAAACCGCCACCACCUCCGCUACCUACGUGGCGCAGUACCUGAACAAGCCGUACUGCCACGGCUUCGUGAAGAACCGCUACGUCUUUCGCACUUUCAUCAUGCCGGAACAAAAGACGCGCCAGAAGGGUGUCCGCCGCAAGCUUAACGCCAUGAAAGCCGAGUUCAAGGACCGCAAUGUCCUCCUCGUCGACGACAGCAUCGUCCGCGGCACCACCAGCCGCGAAAUCGUCAGCAUGGCCCGUGAAGCCGGCGCCAAGAAGGUCUACCUUGCCAGCUGUGCGCCGGAAAUUACACACGCCCACAUCUACGGUAUCGAUCUUGCCUCGCCGCAAGAAUUGGUCGCGCACAACCGGGACACCGCCAGCAUCGCCCGGCACAUCGGCGCCGAGAGCGUGGUCUUCCAAACGCUCGCGGACCUGAAGGAUUCCUGCGCGGAAGUCGCCCGCGACAACGGACUGCAGGAACCGCAGAACUUUGAGGUUGGCGUCUUCUGUGGUAGCUACGUUACUCCUGUCGGACAGGGCUACUUCGAUCACUUGGAACAAGUCCGUGGCGAGGGCCGCAAAAUCAAGGCGCUUGAUAAGGCCAAGGAAGCUGUUGCGCAUGGUUUUGCCAGCGUGGAGGAUUUCCAAAUUGCCGCGCACGGCGUCACGAUGGAUACCAAUGGCAAGGUUGUUCCUGCGGAAGAGGAGCCUGCCUCUAAGGAGCCUUCUGCGGGACAUCCCAAGGUCGAUGAUAGGAUGGAUAUUAGCAUUCACAACAUCGCUGACCACUCUUGA